AUGAGCGUACCCAUGGAGGCCUCUCCGUGGCUGGAAAACACGACGCGGACGGAUGCAGUCCACUUUCCCCCGCCUGGCGAUGGCGGCAGUCUUGGAUUGUUUGGGUCUUUCCGCCCUUCCACCGUUCUUUUCUCUCUGAUCUUUCUUUUCCUCCUCGGCAUAGGUCCCUUCUACGAUUUCGUCGAGCGGCGAGGGAGCAAGCACAUCAUCCUCGGCGACUGCGGAUGGUGGCUUCGGCGGACGAUGAUGACCAAGUUCAAUCUGGACCCGAACAACGUCGUUUUCGACGGGUACAACAACUAUACGAAGGAGAAGAAAAUCUGGGCAACUUGGAUCAACGAUGAGCUCAUCCACAUUCUGCCGCCGGCUUUCUUCGACGACAUCAAGAAUCAACCUCUACAGAAGCUAUCAUUUCUCAAAGUCGUCGACGAGCAUUUCAUGUGGAACCUCCACGUCGGCGACAUGGUCUGUCAGCGCGACUACGUGAAGGCGGUCAAGUCCCAGCUCAACUUCAGCCUUCCGAGCAUGACAAACUACAUUGCCGACCAGACCGACCUCGCCAUUGCCGAGCGCAUCGCGCCGCCCGAAAACUCGCGGGGAUGGAGGACCGUCAUGCUCUGGGACGCCACGCUGGACAUCAUCCACCGCGUGACGGCUGCAGUCAUGGUUGGUGCCGAGCUGGCUGCGGACCCCGAGUACAUCCACCACGCGCGGGGCUACACGGAAGCAGUGACGGCCUGGAACGCGCCUCUCUUCGCGAUGCCUUCCUUCCUGCGCACGCCGUUCUUCUGGGUUUCCAGCGGCGGGCGCACGAUCCGCAUGCACCAGCGCGAAGUCCGGAGGUUCGUGUACCCGGAGCUCAGGAAGCGGCAGGCGGGUGACUACUCGAGCGAGAACUUCGCCAUGCUGGACGGCCUCUUGAAGAGCGCAAAGGACAGCACGGAGAAGUCGUACGCGCGGAUCGUCGACCAGGAGCUGUUCUUGACCUUCGCGGCGGCCGGCCUGUUCUCCGUCGUCGUGUGUCAGCUCAUCUUGUCGGUCCUCGGCCACCCGGGAUACCUCGAGCCGCUGAGGGAAGAGAUCGAAGCCGCUGUCAAGGAGUGCGGAGGCUGGAACAAGGACGCGGCUGCCAGGAUGCCCAAGCUCGACAGUUUCCUGCGCGAGACUUUGCGACUCAGUCCUCCUACUGCCCUUACUCUGCAGCGGAAGGUCGAUGUGGACAUCCCGUUGUCGAACGGCGAUGUCAUCAAAGCCGGAACGCUCAUCGGCUUCCCGACACUGGCAAUCCAGAGAGAUCCGGAGCACUACGACAGACCCCUGGAAUUCGAUGGGUAUCGCUUUUACGACUCGGAGACAAACACGGUCACAGUCAAGUCUGUGACGCAGAGCCGCACCUAUCUGCCGUUUGGCUAUGGGACUCAAACCUGCCCGGGAAGAUUUCUUGCCACGGAGACUUCCAAGAUUGUUUUUGCGAAGUUCAUUGUCGACUACGAAAUGAAGUUCACUCCUAAACGAGUUGGCAAGCCGGUCGAUUGGCCGAUUGGGGGUCAGAUCAUGCCGAGCAUUGACACCUACGUCUCCUUCAGGCGGCGGAAACACUGA